GCUGAUCUGGCAGAGGUGCGCCUGUCUCCCGUGUGCCCGCCUCCUCCUGCAUGCCGUCUCACCUGCGUGCCGCCCCGCUCUGCAUCGGCAGCCGCGUGUGACCGUGCGUGCGCGCCCUGGCGCACCCUCGACCAGGUGAAUUAGAUUGAGCAAUCAGAAGCUCGCACACACUUCAAUCAGCGGGAGCAUAUAACGCAGUCAUUUGGCUGGUGAAAGGGACUGACACGACGGAAUGAGCAGCACACAUCCACUGCGGGGAAUGAGACUUUUGAUUUGACGGGCUAUCGGUUUUUCACCUAUACUGUUCAACUCCUGUUCAAUUAUUCAAAUAAAUUAUUCUGAGUGAAAUCCGAAGUCUGGUCCUUUUCAAGUGUGGACACCUCACAGUUAAAAGAAACACUUGACAGUGAAAAACCGGCCUGACAGUAGGAAACCGGCCGUGACAAGUGAAGACUCCACAAGAGCCCACCACAAAGAGGGAGAAGACUCCACCUGGGGGCCUGGAGGAAAUCAACUACCUGCCGUUCACCUGUCAGUCCAACAGCCAAAAAAGGCAACAUGGCCGAGUCCAAGUCACUCGAAGAGCUGAAAACAGAGCGAACUACAGUAAAGAGACUUUUUUCCCGACUCACCAACCAUAUAACGAGGACCCACAUGGAGAUGUCUGUGGAGGAGCUGCAAGAUAACUUCAAAAGACUCACAGCAGAGGGCGCUAAAGUGAUGGAUGCAAAUGAGGAGCUUGAGGCUGCUUACAUUGCACAGGGCAAAGGAACCGAAGCAGAGGGCGCACCUGAGUUAAGCGACCAACAGAGAGCUGACAUAGAGAAGACGGAGAAAGAGUGUGAGCAGAAGUUAAAAGAGGUAAAGCACCUUGUCCAGGAGACAUUAUGGGCCUCAUGUGGUGAAAGAGAACUGACCCUUGCUCUAAAAGCUGCAGAGGCAGAGUGCGAGAACGUCUCCUCCACUCAGCCUGACACACCCCUGGAGGCAUAUGACUUUAUGCUCCGCCAUUUAGAGAGCCUGGUGCACAAAGCCAAAGAAGCGCACCAGACCUGGAACCGCUGGGCUCCACGAGCCGAGAAGCAAGAUUUCAAUCGUCGGCUAACGGAGCUCGAAACCCUCCUUCCCAAGCUGGUGUCGAGGAAAGCCGCCCUGAUUGGAGCAGCAAGUAUUAAAGAGGACAGCAACAGAGUACCAGUCACAGCCCACAGCGCAGCCCCUGUUGCAGCCAUAAAGCUAAAAGCCACAGCUUUACCAAAGUUUACCGGCAGCCAGCGUGAGUAUUACAGAUGGAGGAAAGAAUGGGAGGCUCUACAGAAGCAAGGUGAACCAACCGGAUCCAAAGAGGUGAAGAAAUUUCAACUACUUGAUAGCCUCGACGAAAGAGUGGCCAAGGAUCUACGGCUCUCUACUUACACCUCAGCAGACGAGAUCUUCAGAGUCCUAGAGAACCGCUACGGAAACCAAGCCACCAUCGCUAUUGAGAUUGUCGAGGAGCUACAAGCUAUCCCACCUGUUCGUGGUAACCACCCAAGAAGAAUCGUAGAGCUCAUCCAAGCAGUGGAAAAGGCCCUCUAUGAUUUAAAUGAACUGAGCAAUGCAGAUGCCAUAAAAAACCCACUAGUAAUAAAAUCCAUCGAGAGCAAGCUGCCAGAGUCCCUGAAGAAAGACUGGCUUACCCACGCUGCUGACCCAAGAAAUGCUGUAAGCCACCAGAACCGCUUUGACAAGCUACUGGCAUACCUCCAAUCCCAAGAGUCUAUCUACGAGCAGUUAGAACAGCUGAGAGACAUCGACCCUGCCAAGGAGAAGACCAGGUUUCAAACAAAGUAUGCCCGAACAAGGACAACUAAAUCCAGCAGUGAAUUAGGAGGCUGCAUCAUCUGCGGAGAUCCAAAACACAAAAGAAAGCUCUACAUCUGCAGGAGGUUUAGAACCACCACAAAGCUCCAGGAAAAGAGGGACGCAGUGCAACAGCUCGGAGCCUGCAAGAGGUGCCUCGAAAUCCACAAUGAACCCUGCAGAGAAACUACUUACCUGUGUGGGAAUCCAGAGUGCAGAGACCAACACCACUACCUUCUCUGUCCCUUACCCAGACAGCUGUCCCAAAGACCCAAGUUUGGUCCGGUGAGAGCUGAGGGGAAAAAUUACACCGAGGCCCAGGAAGAGUUUCUUUCCAAACUUUCACCUGAGCUAGCGCAGCAGUGUCGCAAUGCUUUCUGCAACAUCGCAUCUCGAGCAUACAACUCCACUGCAGCAGAGAGAGGAGAGAGAGGCCUUCUGGAGGAGACUGGUCUGCACGAGUACCCUGUGAUCCUGAUGCUCCUUAACGUCACUGCCAAUGACGGGCAAAGAAUCGGAACACUUAUUGACCUGGCGUCUGACACAAAUUACAUAACCCACAGAGCUGCAAGCAAGCUGAACCUUCGCAGUGAAGAUGUCGCACUAGUCGUCCAUGGCGUCGGAGGGAUGAAAGUAUCUGUCGCUACAAAGCGCUACCUCCUCAAGAUCAGAGUCAGGACUCCAAAAGGAACUCUGAAGUCUCACCAACUGAUCUGCUACGGACUUGACAAAAUUGCAGAGGUGCACCGACAUGUUCAACCUGACAAGCUGCAGAAAAUCUUUCCUGAUGUUCCCCUCAAAGACUUCAUCAGACCCAGAGAAAUCCAGCUUCUGAUCAGCCACAAAGAAGGCCAGCUGGUGCCCCAAAAAAUCCGUUCAAUUGGUGACCUGGUGCUCUGGGAGGGUCCACUAGGCAAGACAGUCGGGGGCAUGCAUCCAGACCUCUUUGAGGAAGUCACCCUGAUGGCCCAUUCGUCCAAGACUCACUUCGCCAGAUCAAUGAGAACUUCAGCAGUCAAAUAUCUCGAAUUCAAGACAGACCCAAUUUCCUGCCAGUAUCCCGACCACCCCGAGACCCAGUCUAACACAGCCACCAGCAGCAAAGACUUUCUGAAGUGGUGGAGGUGGGAGAGCAUCGGAGCCGCCUGUCAGCCGAGAUGUGGAGGGUGUCGCUGCGGGAACUGCCAGCCAGGGGGAAAGGAGAUAACUCUUGCAGAAGAAAGGGAGAUGGAGAUCAUAAGAAAUGGUUUGACAUACACGACUGGAGAUGUACACAGCACCGAACCACACUGGCAUGCUAAGUAUCCGUGGACAGAAGAUCCAGCAACCCUGCCAAACAACAGGAAAGCAGUAGAGGCAACAUUCCUCAGAACUGAGAAGCAGCUAUCAAAAGAACCUGAGUGGAAGGCGGCCUACGCUGCACAGAUCCAUGAGAUGGUGAACCGCAGGGCCGCAAUGAAGCUGUCCAAAGACAUUCUGCAGAGUUGGACCGGGCCAGUGUGGUACAUAAGUCAUCUCAUUGCACUAAACCCACACUCAGUCUCCACCCCAGUCAGACUAGUGUGGAACAGCAGCCAAAAGUGCAGAGGUCUCAGUCUGAACGACAUCCUCAUCAAAGGUCCUGAUGUCCUGAACCCAAUCCGAGCUGUCUUAUUGAGGUUCCGAACUGGUGUCUACGCUGCCCUUGGAGACAUCCGGAAGAUGUACAACUCUGUCUGGCUGGAAGAUCGAGAGGUCCACCUGCACAGAUUCCUGUGGCGUGACAGUGAAGAUGCCGAAAUAGAAGAUUUUGCCAUAACAAGAGUCAACAUCGGAGACAAACCUGCCGGUUGCAUAGCCCAAGUCGCCAUGCGAGAAACUGCGAACUUACCUUCAUUCAGUCACUUCAAGGAAGAGAGACGCGUGCUGGGAGAAGAUGUAUACGUCGACGACAUCCUGACUUCACAUAACGACCUUGACCAUCUGAAAUGCCUCACAGCCAACAUCAAACACAUCCUGAAAGCUGGAGGAUUCCACAUAAAGCCCUGGGUUUACUCCAUUCAAGGUGGGAGGAAAGAACCCAAGGAUGAGAUACCAAAGACUAUGAUCCUACCAAACCAGCUGACAAAAGACGACAACAAAGCCCUUGGCCUUGGUUACACCAUCAAUGACGACAAACUCCAUGUCAUGGUUGCAGUUAACUUCUCAAAGAAAAGGAGAAAGAUGCGCCUUGGUCAAAACCUGCUCAGACAGGAGGUCAGAAAUCAAACACCUGAUCCACUCACCAGACGAGAGCUGCUAAGCCAGGUUUCUAGCCUGUAUGACCCACUCGGCCUUGUGACUCCUGUCAAACAAAAGGGUGCCAUCCUGGUCAGGAGAGCUUUUCAAGAAGCCAAGGUAAAAUACUGGCUAGAAGACUCGUGGGAUGCUGCUUUGUCUGAAGGUCUCAGAGAAGACGCUAUAAAGCUAUUGGAAGAAUAUGCUGACCUGAGCCAACUUCGUUUCACCAGAUCCCUGACUCCACCAGAUCUCUGCGCAGAGCCCAGUGCAAUCACAUUCUCUGAUGGCAGCCAACACGCAUAUGGCGCAGUGAUGUAUCUUCGCUGGAGUUGCAGCCGUGGUGUCGUUGUGAGACUGGUCGAAUCCAAAUCCAAGCUGACCCCCCUUGACCACAAAGGGGAUCCUGUAAAAGCUGAGAUAUGCGGAGCAGUCUUCGCAGCCCGCCUCAAGACCUACUUCCAGAGACACUGCCGACUCCAGGUCAAGAAAUGGUAUCAUCUUGUCGACAGUCAAACAGUCCUGGGUGCAAUACAGCGUGAGAGUUAUGGCUACCAGACUUUCUUCGCAAAUCGCGUUGGUGAGAUCCAGAGCAGUACCGACGUCCAAGACUGGUGGUGGAUUCCAGGGCCAGCAAACAUCGCAGAUAUCAUCACUAGAGGGGCCAGUCCAGAUGCCCUAACUGAGGACUCCGAGUGGCAGUCGGGUCCAAAGUUCCUCCAACUUCCUGACGAUGAGUGGCCAAAGAAAUCCGCCAGAGACGUCGCAGCCCAAGCUCGGGACAAAGUCACAAGGAUCCAGAAAAAAACAUUUGUAGCACUACUCUCCAGAUGUCGCCUGAAAACGGCACAAAAUCCAGCCCAGCUAGAGUAUGAAAGACCACCAGCAGGAGCAGCAGUCCGGCAUCUAGUCGAUGGAAAGCGCUUCAGCAACCUGAGAAGGCUGAUUGGGACUGUGGCUUGGAUCUGGAGAGCAGCUAAAAAGUUCUUAAGUGCCAAACCAGAGACCAAGAAAAGUGGGAGGCAGUACCAUCCUCGGGUAUCCUUACAGUCAGAGAGAGACGGGACGUGUUUCGAGACCUUUGCCUAG